CUCUUCAAUUCCUUCACCAGCCACUCGCUAUAUGUUACACCUUUGGCAAGAUCCUUUCUAAUCGAUCAACUUGGGUUUCUGCUGCUGUUGUUGUAGAAAGCAAAGAAAGAAAGAAAUGGCGGCCGGAAGAGUGGGGAGGAUAAAGCUGGGUUCACAGGGACUGGAGGUGUCAGCACAGGGCCUGGGUUGUUUGGGCAUGGCCGGCUUCUAUGGCCCUCCCAAGCCAGAACAAGACAUGAUCGCUCUCAUACAGCACGCCGUCCACUCCGGCGUCACCUUCCUCGACACCUCCGACUUCUACGGCCCCUUCACCAACGAAAUCCUUCUCGGAAAGGCUUUGAAGGGAGGGGUGAGAGAGAGGGUGGAAUUGGCAACCAAGUUCGGAAUUAUCAAUGCGGAUGGGAAGAGAGAGGUCUGUGGCGAUCCAGCGUAUGUGAGAGCGUCCUGUGAGGCCAGCCUGAAGCGCCUCCAAUUGGAUUGCAUCGAUCUCUACUACCAGCACCGCAUCGACACCCGCGUUCCCAUCGAAGUCACGAUUGGGGAACUGAAGAAACUAGUUGAAGAAGGCAAAAUAAAGUACAUUGGUCUGUCCGAGGCCUCUGCUUCGACCAUCAGAAGAGCACAUGCAGUUCAUCCAAUAACAGCUGUGGAGCUUGAGUGGUCUUUAUGGGCAAGAGAUGCGGAGGAAGAAAUAAUUCCUACUUGCAGGGAACUAGGCAUUGGGAUUGUUGCAUACAGUCCUCUAGGACGAGGAUUCUUUACGUCGGGCCAUAAGACUUUUGAAAAUCUUUCCAACGAUGACUUCCGAAAGUCUCUACCUAGGUUCCAACCUGAAAAUCUGGAGCAUAACAAAAUCGUAUUUGAGCGUGUUAAUGAAAUGGCAACGAGGAAGGGAUGCACCCCAUCACAGCUAGCACUGGCUUGGGUUCAUCACCAAGGGAAAGACGUGUGUCCCAUUCCAGGAACCACUAAGAUUGAAAACUUCAACCAGAAUAUUGGGGCUUUGUCUGUGAAACUGACACCAGAAGAAAUGGCUGAACUUGAAUCAUUUGCUUCAGGGGAUGGUGUUAAGGGUGAUAGAUAUGAGGAUGGCUUUGCAACUUGGAAGACUUCUGAAACUCCUUCACCUUCUUCAUGGAAAGAUGCAUAAGCACAGGCCUUUUGCUGCGUCUCAAUAACUUGAAUCCCCAUCAGACUUUGUCAAUAUUAUGUAUGAAGUGUGUUGAGUUCUUGACUGCUCGGAAUAAUAUAUGUUCUAGAGUGUUAUGAUGGUUCAUGAAGAUCAGAGCACAGAUAUUUGGCUCAGUAAUAAGAUCUUUGUUUGCGAUGUUCAA